UAGUAUUGAUAAAACUUCAAGUCAAUCAGUCGAGCGAUUACCGGAAAAAAAAAUGAUAUAACAUCAAAGUAUAUAUGUCAAUGUCUCCAUUAAAAAGUAUCAUUUGUUUUUUUUUUUUUUUCAUAAUACUCUGAUAACGACACUUGAAUUUUAGAUAAUAAAAAAAAUUAAAUAACAAAUAUUUACGUGUGUUAAAUUUACGUAAGCGACAAUUAAAUAUUGCUAUCUCCCCUUCUAGGUAUAUGUUCUCGGACUUUGACUGUCGACAUUAUAAAAAUAAUUAAAUAAAUGUUUAAAAAACUGCUGACACCAGUUUAUCGUCAGACAUCGUAUCAUAAACAUUUAUAUAUAUUAAAAAAUUUAUAAAAAAUGGGCAUUGAUCAGGAUUUUGAUAAAGCUGCUGAAGAUGUUAAAGAUUUAACCAAGAGACCAAGUGAUGAGGAAUUAUUGGAACUUUAUGCACUUUUUAAACAAGCAACAGUUGGUGAUGUUACUGGUUCUCGUCCAGGUAUGCUUGAUUUGAAAGGUAAAGCCAAAUUCGACAAGUGGUCUACUAAAAAAGGAACCUCCAAGGAAGAUGCUAAAAAAGCGUACAUUGCUCAUGCAAAUACAAUUAUUCAAAAAUACAAAUAAUUAUUGGAAAUUAUUUAGAUAUAUCACUGGUGUGUGUUUUAUUUUAUUUUUUAUUUUUUAUUUAAUUGAAUAAAUAAAAAUUAUGAAACAUUGAAAC